AUGGACUUUAGCUCCGUCCCCAGAUCCGGCGGAGCCAAGUACGGAGGAAGCGCAAGGAAGAGGGCUCGAUUGUCCACCACCCGCAUCGACGAUCCCCUCACUCCGACGCUAUCCCGCUCUGGUCGCAUCGGCAGCAACAGCGUGGAUAAGCAGUCGCUUGGGGUUUCAGAGACAAACGAUGGUGCGACAUCUUGCGACGAGGUGGAGGAGGAUGCGCAAGGCGGUGGUGGUGGUGGUGGUGCGCAUGCGUCGCCCUCUGCACGUCGAAGGCUUGCGCCUGCCUCUUCUGCUGCUGCUGCUGCUGCUGCUGCUUCGAGCAAGCAUGAGCUGGAUCUGCUGUACAACGAGUCCAGCCUGACUCGACACACCGUUGGUCGCUCCUCGCAUACAUUUGCCUCCAGUCGCUCUCACCCGCCGCUCCAUCGCCACGCAUCAUCAUCAUCGCUGCAGCGCAACUCUCAUGCCGCUUCUCAGUCCGAGUCGGCCCCCCCAGCAAGACGAUAUGAUCAAGCACGGCAGCGGCAGCGGCAGCCUUCUCUCCCGCUCUCGCCAGAACGAGAUGAAAGCGUAGGCGAUGCGCGCGAGGCGCACCACCAGUCGCGCCAGCGCCAGCCAACAGCAACUCUUAUGCCGCAGCCGCAUACGCGCAGCCCUGCGAGGCGAAUGGCCCACAUCGACCCAGCAUCGCUGCAUCUUCACUCGCCUACGCCCGCCCCCUCGUCGAGCGCACACAGCGAUGUUGGCGCAGUGCUCUCCAGUCCUAGCACAACGAACAAAGCACGUGACGGCGCCUUUGCAGUGGAGCUAGAUGCUUUGCUGGAUGCCACAGCUGGUAGCGCGUCUAACCCUGCACCGCAACGCAAGACUUUCGCGUCCAGGAUGGCUCCUCGCAAAGCGGCAAACGCUGGUCCAGACUCGAUGCUGAGCACAGAGUCGCAGCCGCUGCCUCCCGAAGGCUCGCAAGAUGAAAGCAUGAACGCAUACCCGCACUCUGUGUGGAGGAACGCAGAGUCUCAGCCAGUCGUCGCUCUGUCGCGCUCUCCAUCUCCAUGCUUGAACCGACCAAGCGCUUCGCAGUCCAGUCCCAGCUCUGCGCACACUUCGCCCGCCAAGUCCGCGCUGGCUCAGAGGAAACGCGCUCUGGGAGUGUCGGGAGUCGGUGCGAGAAAGACUUAUGCGGCUUCGAGGAGCUUCUUGGCGGAGGAGGCCGACCCCGCCUUUCUGCCUCCGGAUGCUGAGCUCGAUCUCAACGCUGGAGCAGGGAACGCGGGUCAGCAAUCGGCGACCUCAUCACAGCCAGAGGCAUUGAGCACCAGCAGACGCUUUCUUGCUCGUCACAACCUAGCUGUUCGAGCAUCAUACAAGGAGUUGAAGGCCAAAUUUGCAGAGGGUGAGGAGGAGGAGGAGGAGGAUGGUCCAGAUGCGCCACGCAAAUCGGUGAGUGCAUGCAUGCGCUGCAUACGGCACAUACCGAGGACACGGGAGGAUUUGGUUCUGUCGACUCAUCUGUAUCGUUUGCGUGCUUCCGCACAGCUGGCGCUUCGCUCUGUCACCAACCUCCGCUCAGCGGGUGAGCAGAGGCGCUUUGACGAUGAACUCGAGUACCUACUAUCAGGCUUGGACGUUAGUCAGCCACUCUCGCUUCGGCGCACUUCAUGCAUGGACAUCAUCAAGCGGAUAUGCACCAAGGAGGCAGCAGCCAAGAACGGCUUCUUGCGAGGCUUGCUCGCACACUCUGAUCAGGCUCGCAAUGGCAUCGUCCGGCUCUGGGACUGCUUCGGCAGCGCGAGGGUGGAGAGCAUCACUGACGUCAUCUUGUUGAUGCACCUUGCUAGAGCCAGCGAGACCCAUGCGCUUGCCAAUGCGCUGUUGACUACCCGCUCCGAAGAGAUCACGGCCCUACUGCGCCGUGGCUUGUACCGCGCAGCACGAGGAGAUGGAUCUGCCGAUCCCUUCGAUCAGCGCGGCCCAAACGGAGACUUGGUGAGAGGGAUCAGACAGGCAGUGCGAGGAUGCUGCUCAGUCGCUAAGUCUUGUGCGCUACAUUCCCUCAGACCGCGCUCGCAGAUCGAAUACGAGAUUCCAGGAUCAUCUCGUCUCGCGAAAUGAGCCUCAGCCUACGCAAUCUCACUCUCUGCGUCAUCAUUCGCAUCUGCGCCUUGCCUCUUCGACCAGGCUUUGUGCCAUAUGCAGCGCUCCUCGAGGAGGAAAACGACACAAAUGGGUCAAGCCCUGUCCGCAUGAUCGUCGCUUGCCUCCGCCAUGAAGCAGUAACAUGCCGCACGCGCCUGCAAGCCGCCUCAAGAGGCGUUGUGAGUGGAUGCCAGCCCACGCUGCUUGUCGGCCUGAACGUACCUCAUCCAUGCUUUGCAAUUUUUUCUCCACAGAACAUUUUCUCGGCCAAGGAAUCUUCCAGUCAGCGGCCAGACAUUCCGUUCGUCUGCCAAGCGCUUUCCCUCCUCGUUUGCGUGACGCAGCACGACGAGCAAGCAAUUUGUCCGACGGAUGAACGACGGCAAAUCGCUGAGCUCGUGCGCGACUUGUCUGCGCUGUUGUGCUUUCUGGAGAUGACGGUGACAAAGCAGAGCACGGCUGCUCCUGCGUCGCCCGUGAAGAUGACGCGCUCGCAGUCUCAAAGCCCUUCGAAAGCUGCACACGUAUCGCUUCACCGGCUUGAAGUCACUUCAGCUGAGGCUGUCAUCCAUCUAUUGGGUCUGCUCAACCAUCUCUGCGAGCAGCAACGGGAUGUUGGGCAUGGCGAAUGGGUCAAAGCGGUCGCUUCAGCCUCCUGUUUCGUCAUUCCGCUGCUGAGACUAAUACUCGGCGUGCCUGCUUUCUUGAGAUCUCAACGUGCACAGAUCAGCAUGGGUAAAUCGAAUUCGCCAGACUCGGAAGAUCUCUCAGAUUGCAGCUCAACCCCUCCGUCGCACGGUCGAAAGGCGGUGGAAGCAGCCUUGCUGCAAGAUCUGGUUGGUGCGGCGCUGGGACUUCUCAUCACCCUGCUGGAAUCGGCACCAGAGUUGAUGCGUCACAAUCUCGCCGGCACACUGAUCAGCCUCUCCUGCGAGCGGGGCAAAUGCGUCGAAAUGUGCAGAUGCGAGAAAAGGUGGCAACAGCCUGCCAUCGAGCUGCUCGCCCGGCUUUUCUUGACCGAGCGCCGCGCUCUGCAGAGCGACGCUGCCUUUGGGAAAGACGAGGGAAAUGAUCAGCAGCAGUGGCGAGCUGAACACUCAAAGGAUCACGAUGAUGCUUCGGCUGCCGGAGCUUCCUUCCUGUCUGGAUGCAUCGCCGUUGCUCUCUCCUUGAGUGUCGUCGGCCAUCCUUCCAACUUGGCUUCUCUGCUACGCGGACUCAGCUCGAGCGGCGUGACUUCAUCUAGAAACGCCGCAGAGGGCUUCACGCCAGUCUCUGCGCUUGAACCUCUGAUUUCCAGCCUGGAAGAAUUCGCCCACUGGAACGAUGCGGUGCAGCGCAGAGCUCUAGCGGAAGUCAUCGCUGAUGAAGAAGAGGACCCUACGGAUCCUGACGACGCACGACAGCCCGAGGAACACUCUGGUCAGUUUCGCGGACCGGCCGGCGGCGGGCCAGAUGCUGAGAGUCAGUUCCUGUGGGAGCGCGUCGAAGACAUGCGAAAGAUUUUUGCAUCCAACUCGUCGCAAUAG